CAUGGCUCCGCUGCCCAAUGACUCCUGGCACAACGGCUCAGCCCUGAUCUUCACCGGCCUGGACCUGCUCCUGGAGCUGAAGCCGCUCUUCAUCCCGCUCUAUGCCACGCUGGUGGCGGUGGCGUGCAUCGGGAACCUCUUCCUCAUCCUCCUCAUCGCCCUCACCAAGAAGCUGCACUGCACCACCAACUUCCUGAUCGGGAACCUGGCGGUGGCCGACUUCAUCAUGUGCCUGGCCUGCGUCCCUCUCACUGUGUCCUACGCCUUCGAGGAGCGGGGCUGGCUCUUCGGCAUGUUCAUGUGCCACUUUGUCACCCUGCUGCAGGCCGCCACCGUCUUCGUGUCGGUGCUGUCUCUCACGGCCAUCGCCAUCGACCGCUACGUGGUGGUGGCGUACCCGAUCCGCAGGCGGAUCAGCCGCAGGGCCUGCGUCGGCCUCGUGGCCUGCAUCUGGCUGCUCUCCAUCGUGGCCUCUGUGCCCACCUCACUGCACACCCACUACUUGGACCUCAACGCCAUUGGCCACGACAUGAUCAUCUGCGAGGAGUUCUGGAAGCACGAGGAGAGGGAGCGGCUGCUGUACUCGUGCCUGAUGCUGCUGCUCUCCUACAUGCUCCCGCUGCUGGCCGUGUCCAUCUCCUUCUGUGCCAUCACCCACCACCUGCGCAGGAGGAACGUGCCGGGGGCCGCCCAUCCCUGCCGGGACAAGUGGACCAGGACCAAGCACAAGACCUUCCGGGUGCUCAUCAUUUCCGUGGUCUGCUUUGCCAUCUGCUGGCUGCCUCUGCAGGUGGUCAACUUCAUCCGGGACAUCGACGAGGAGUUCACCAUCCUGGACAAGAGGUACGUCAAUGUCAUCCAGGUCUCAUGCCACCUGAUCGCCAUGAGCUCUGCCUGCUACAACCCCUUCAUCUACGCCUCCCUCCACGACAAGUUCUGGUUCCACCUCAGCGGCUACUUCUACCGCAAGAAGCAGAGCUCCAGGACCAUGUCCUGCAAGGCUUCCCGCUUCAACACCUGCUCCACCCUGGCAGACGCUCCCACCGGAGCCUCGGACAAGAUAGCUUUGCAAUCCAGGUUACCUUAGCUGGA